GGGCAGAGUCGGUUUCGCCCAGAGGGGAGAGGGAGGGGAGGCUCACGCCAGAAGAUACCGCGCCGCGUGCGUCGUCGGAUGGUUGCCUAGCUGCCCCGCGCACGGAGGCGCCGCGCCGCGAUCCGUCGCCGGCCGCCGGCGGAGCGCGCGCCUACUUCUGGCGGUAUUUAAGGAGGAGGAGGCCGUUGGCGAUUUGUGUCGCGGAGGCGCGAGAAGGGGGGGAGGCGACAAGGUAGGCGGCGUCUUUAGACUCUGGGAGCUGCCAUUAACGCUGGCCUGGCCACCUCCGCAUGCGGACAAGCGCGGCCACGUCGUCGCCACGGGAUGGCGGCUCCGGGGCUCUGACCCCCGCCCAGGGCGGCAUGGGGAGCGGCGGCGCCAGGCGGCAUUUCUUCCCGCUUACCAGCUUGCAAAUCGGGGAUUUACAGUCAUAUCUUGCAGAGCUCACUAUAUUUCUGUGCCCCGAUACCAAGAAGUUCCUUAUCUUCCUUGACAACCGUCCAUGGUUGCUAGAUCAGAAUACAAAACCUGCUCACCUGUGGCAAUUGAUGGUUACCAAGUCAAGAUUUUCUCCUUUCGCGAACACUAGAACUAGGAGAAAGAGAGAUGAAGGUGGAAAUAAGCUUGUAUUUUCAGAAUUCCCAACAUCUGCUCCACGUGUGUGGAAUCAAUCAUCCAGAUGGUAUACCCUGAUUGAUGAUACCAUGCGGAAAAAGAAGCUUCAAGUAAAUAAAUUGAAGGAUUCUCGCCUGCUGAAUAGGGAGCUGCAUCGGACAUUGUAUGGUUUUAUUAUUUUUGAGGUAGACUGGGCUGACGUGCGUGGCAUUAAUUAUUUAAAUGAGCUUCAGACUGAUACAUCAAUGGUGGCCGAAGCAAAAAUAAUGAAGAGAUGGGAAUUUGAUAGCGUCAAUCAAGCUUCAUCUUUAAUCACUUCUUGGUUCUCGGGGAAUUACUCAGAGUGUCAGCUCUUACAAGAUUAUUUAAAUAGCAUCUCUCCUAAAGGUGAUGUUUUUUAUGAUGCCCUAGAUGACUUAACACCUGAAUUAUGGGAUACUGAGAGUGUAAAGAGCGAUGGUGAUGAUUGUGGGGAUUGUGUUAGGGUGUCGUCAAGUUCCACAAGCUCAUCAUACACCCCGCCACCUUGCUCUGGACCUUACAAGAGAAGAAGGAUAACAAGAUCUGAUGCUGGAAGUGAUAUGUCAGAGGAACCAUACUCAGAAUUUGUGACUUCACCAAGAUAUUCAUCAUAUUCAUCUUCAUCAUGUUGCAGUGAUAAUGACAGUGGCAAGCCACUGGUGGAGCCUAGCAUAUACAAGGAUGUGCUGAUCUUGUUCCGAUUCAAUGAUCAUGAUCUGCCGUUCAGACUAAAGGAAGUUAUACUGUCUGAUGUGAGGCUCUUAACACUACUUGAGUAUGGUCUUCCUUCAUGGGUCAUUUUUCUUCAGUCAUAUCCAGUGGUCUGCAAGAUAUAUCGCCCAUGGAUGUGUCCUCUAGCCAGAGCACUAUACGUCUUGAUGUCAUUAAUUACUGUUCUUAUAGGAUUUUAUGACCUCUACAAGAAUGUACCAAUGUUGAAGGCAACUGCCUCUAGAUUAUUUGGCCCUUUGUUUGAUUGGAUAGAGACAUGGGAAAUGAUCUCAAGGCUUAAGUAUCUUGGAACCAUGCUUUUUCUGAACAAUUUCCAGCAGGCUUUUACAUGGUCUCUUAAGAUUGUACGUGCUACUAAGUCUGUUCUUAGUGUAUUGACAAAGCCAAUUAUGGGGCCACUGUUGGAGGUUCUUGAAUUUACCCUGCCACUAUGGAACCUUUGUGCUGAAACGGUUGAAUAUCUCAGUUCAGCUGCAAUGGUAGCGAUGGAAACAUCAUUCAGUGCGGUUGUCAGUACAGUUCAGAUGAUCAUGUGGCCAUUUUGGUUUAUCUUCAGUACGAUGUUUAAUAUAGCCAAUUCAAUCUUAUACCCUGUAAUUUGGUUCGUCGGAGAGAUACUAGCCGCACCUUUCCGACUUGUCGUUGCGCUAGCAAGUUUUGUAGCAGACUUCUUCGAUGAUAUUUUUGAUGUUUUGAGGCAGACCUGGUCAACAUUAAGUUCGUUGUAUCAAGUUGGUUCUGCAUCCAGAGCACCUGCGCUUACAUCGGAAACUACCAUUUGGGGAUCACUCUGGAAAGAUCUUCUGUACCAGCAUAUACAAUCACAUAGAAGUUCUUCUCCGGCGCCUGUCCCGCGCCUUAAAUGGCACGCGACAUACCUCCUCUUGUGAAGGAGCUCAGAAGUAUACUAGUCAAGAUCAUCCUCAAAGGAAAACCAAGACGAGAUGAUUGUGGAGUUACCGGAUUGACAUACCAGGUAAUUAGCUAAUUCAGAGAGACUUUAAAAGGUUGAGACGAGAUAACAGUGGACCUCCACUCGAGUGGACCUCCGCAAGGAAUCAUGUGUACAGGUCUCAUACAGCAACGUCUUCUAAUGUUUCAUCAAGGAACCCUAAUCGGUGUAUCCCCUCUGCACAGAUGAGAGGCAGAGGGCAACAACCAGCGAAGCAAAAGUAGUACAACUGUAAAUGAACAUUAGUCGGAAUCUGUUGUUUGUUUAUCCAUUGUCGUGUAAUGUAAUGUAAUAUAUUAGUAGGUUGUACAGUAGAGUAGGUUUGUGCAUCUGCUUCGGCUACUGAACAAGAAUUUUGUAAGUAUACGAGUGAGUGCAUUACCUUUGUUCA